AUGGGGAUUCAGCCGCAGUGGUUGGAGUCGUGGUGGCCUGAGAGCGUGAAUGACGUGGCAUUUGUGGUGGAGGAUGACAUGGAGGUUUCGCCGCUGUUUUAUCGAUAUUUGAAACGGCUUCUUGGAGUGUACUACUUCAACGCGUCCAAUUUCAACCCGAGCGUGUAUGGGGUCUCCUUUCAACGGCAGUUCUUUAUUGCAGGUUUCAACAGUGGGCUGAAUGUGUACGACCAUCCGGACCCCUUUCUCUACCAGCUAGUCGGCACAUGGGGCCAGUUCCUCCUCCCAGCCCCCUGGAAGCAGUUUCGCCUCUGGUAUGACAUGCGACGCUACAACUCCACCCGAGAACCCUCACUCGACGGUCUAAAAACCACAGUUUGGUUCAAAAACAAGGGUAAUCGCCUCUGGACACCCUGGAUAAUCAAAUGGGCGUAUGCCAAGGGUAUGUUCAAUCUUUACCCCUCGCCGCCCGGGAAUCUUUCGCUCUCGAUCUCGCACCGGGAGAAAGGGUCGAAUAUGCCGAAGAACCGGGGUGCUGAUGCCGCCCUUUUGACCCCCCAGAAGCUAGCUGCCGCCCUGGCUGCCGCGUCUUCUUCUGCUGCGUCUGGCUCAGCAGGAGGGGCGGCAGGGAGGGGUGCUGCUGGCGCUACAGCUGGAGGGGCGGCAGGGAGGGCUGUAGCAGGAGGGGCGGAUGUAGCGUGGGCUCGGUCGAUCAGGGCGUGGUGGGUUCGGCCUCUCCCGGUGCUACGGAGGUUGGAGCGGCAUGAUUUGUGUUUCCGGCAGUUACGCUGGUUACCACCUGCGAAAACGCUGGAGGAGUUUCAUUCCCUGCUGAAUGCUGUUGCUCCGGAGAAAUAUGUGUCUUUGAUAGUGGUGCCUUUCGACGGUCGAGAUCUCAUCAACAACUGGCUCUGCCACAUCGACGGCUCUGGUGUCUCCAACCUCAUCCUCAUCGUUCCGUGCGCCAGGCUGGCAGCUGAGCUGGCAGCACGUGGCUAUGCUGUCUUCUACCUGCCACCUGUCACCCGUCGCAGGCCGCAGUGGCAGCAGCAGCAGCAGCAGCAGCAGCAGCAGCAGCAGCAGCAGCAGUGGGGAUGGUAG